UUGUGAUUAUCUUGCACGCCUUCUUACGGUAAAUCUCAUUUCUCAUUCUCAGCCCUCAAUUUGCCAUUUCUUGAUGGUGGUCUCGGUCAGAUUCUUCCACACUUUAUGUAUAGCACCAGCUCUUGCUCUGCCCUUAUAGUUUUUAUUGAAGAUCAACUUAAUAACUGCUGAUAACUAUGCCAUUUUUGGGUCAGGACUGGAGAUCUCCUGGAUGGAGUUGGAUUAAAACAGAAGACGGCUGGAAAAGAUAUGAAUCUUGGAGUCAGGAACUUGAGAGAGAGAAUAACCAGUGUAACAUCAAUCACAGCAUUAUCUUAAAUAGUGAAGAUGAAGAAAUAUUCAAUAAUGAAGAGCAUGAAUAUGCAUCUAAAAAAAGGAAAAAGGAUCAUUUUAGAAAUGAUGCAAAUACUCCAUGUUUUUAUCGUGAAAAAUGGAUCUAUGUCCAUAAAGAAAGCACAAGAGAAAGGCACAGCUACUGUACUUUGGGAGAGGCCUUUAACCGCUUAGACUUCUCCAGUGCAAUUCAGGAUAUCCGGAGGUUCAAUUACGUGGUCAGGCUCUUGCAGCUAAUUGCAAAAUCCCAGUUAACUUCAUUGAGUGGUGUUGCACAGAAGAAUUACUUCAACAUUUUGGAUAAAAUCGUUCGAAAGGUUCUCGAUGACCACCAAAAUCCUCGCCUCAUCAAGGAUCUCCUCCAAGACCUGAGCUCCACCCUUUGCAUUCUGAUCAGAGGGGAAGGGAAGUCCGUGUUGGUGGGAAAUAUAAAUAUCUGGCUCUGCCGACUGGAAACCAUUCUCACCUGGCAGCAGCAGCUGCAGAAUCUUCAGAUGACUAAGCACGUGAACCACGGCCUCACGCUCAGUGACCUUCCUCUGCACGUGCUGAGCAACAUCCUGUACAGACUCUCGGAUGGCUGGGACAUCGUCACCCUGGGCCAGGUGACGCCGGCGCUGUCCGUGCUCAGUGAAGACAGGCAGCUGUGGAAGAAGCUGUGCCAGUACCACUUCGCCGACAAGCAGUUUUGUAGACAUUUGGUCCUCUCAGAAGAAGGUCAUGUUGAAUGGAAGCGCACGUAUUUUGCCCUUCAGAAGUAUUACCCAACCCGAGAGCAGUAUGGGGACACUUUACAUUUCUGUCGGCACUGCAGCAUCCUCUUUUGGAAGGACUCGGGACACCCCUGCACGGCCGCCGACCCCGACAGCUGCUUCACGCCCGUGUCUCCGCAGCACUUCAUCGAUCUCUUCAAGUUUUAAAGGCUCCCUCACCCCCUGCAUCGCUGCCAAAGGUGGUACCGUGUGUGUGUGCAAUAGCUGGGAGGAGGUGUUCUUGGUGACUGACAGUGAUGAUGGGACGGUGACUGGAGGCCUCCUGCGGGCCCUGUGCUCACUGGAAAGAACAAGAAAGGACGUGAAAAACUGUUCCUUGGUGGAGGAAUGCAUUGUUGGGUAUUUUCAUUUUUGAAAGGGGUCAGGGAACCCAAGCAAAAUCAUUUCUACUCCUUCUUUAAAAAAAUUCUUUUCUUCUUAACAGAUUAAAAGUUGCAACUUUGCAUAUUUAUAAAUACAGUUCAGAAAAGAUUUUGGAUUUUCAGCACCACCUUCUGUGCUGAACUGACACUAACGGCCAAUAAUAUGCUUCUUAAUUGUCAAAUGAUAGUUUCUUGAUUUUGUAGUAAUUGGGGUGAGGGACAGAACCGUUGAUCCUUGUAAAUACAUUGCACAGAAUAUUUAUUUUUCUUAAGAUGUAUUUUAACGGCAUUGGUUGUGUCCAGAUGAAUCCUCUUUGAAUGCAAAAUGAACCUAGGGAAAUAUUUGUGUAUCCAUUCUGGUGUUUAGCGAUUGCGUUGUGAAUUGUGCAAAAUGAUUGUAACCCACAAACGUGUUAGUGGUGUGGCUGUGGUCCUGGGGCUCCGGGACAGACACUGGCGGGCAGGGAGCUCUGCUUUGCGGGACCUGUUCUCAGCUGGCCUGUGGGGGGACCAGACAGCCCCUGAGCAUUUGCCACGACCGAGUCAGGGACAGCCCAGUGCAGCCUGAGCUCGACUGUGCUGAGACUGCUUUCAUAGACAAAGGAGUAAAUCACGUUUAUCUACUGAUGUCACUUCGUCAGUUUUGCAUCUUACUGAAAAAACUAGUGUCAGUGAUUCUGAUCUUUAUUUAAACCUUUAAAAGAUUGUUUUAUUUUUAAAAUAAUGCAUGUGCAUUUUAGAAAAUUUUGAAAAUAAAGGUUUAUAAAAGAAAAUAGACAUCACCCAUAACCCGCCCCCCAAAGAUGACUGUGCCAGAAAGGGAACACUUGCCCCUAGCAGCUACAGGGGAGAGAUGUGUUGUGUUUAUUUUCAGGUUUUUUUUUUUUUUUUUUUUUUUUUUUUUUUUUUUUUUUUUUUUUUGGUGAGGAAGAUCAGCCCUGAGCUAACAUCUGCCAAUCCUCCUCUUUUUGCUGAGGAAGACUGACCCUAGGCUAACAUCCAUGCCCAUCUUCCUCCACUUUAUAUGGGACGCCGCCACAGCGUGGCUUGGCAAACAGUGUGUCGGUGCGUGUCCAGGAUCCGAACCGGCGAACCCUGGGCCGCUGCAGUGGAGUGUGCACACUUAACCACUUGCGCCACUAGGCCGACCCCUGUAUUUUCAGUUUUGAAUGGGAUCAGAGGACCAAGAAAAAUCAUUUCUACUUCCUUCUUCAAUUUUUUUUCUUCUAAGCAUAUUAAAAUUUGUAGUUUUGCAUAUUUGUAAAUAAAGAUUCUGGAUUUUUCAGCACCACAUUCUGUGCUAAACUGAUACUAACGGCCAAGAAUAUGCUUCUUAAUUGUCAAAUGAUAGUUUCCCUCCAGAUACGGUGUAGAGACCCAGUGCCUCUGUGUGUGUGUUGGAGUAAAUGCUUUCAUAAAACCAUAAGCAUCCUAUAUACCACUUUCAUUUUAUAACCAGCGUUUUUUUAAAAGCAUGGGUGGAAACCUGGUUUUUAUUGGCUACAUAGUAUCAGCAAAUGGAACAGUCUUAUAAUCUGGACAUCAGGUUGUUUCUGAUUUUUGCUAUUAACGUAAGUAAGUAACUCUCUGCGUCUGAGUAUGUCCAGAUAGAGGAGAAGUAGGACAGGGAACGAGUUGGGUAUUAGAGGCUCUUUCCAGACGCCCCGUGAGGACGGAGCUGUUGGGGUCUUCCUAAGAGGUGGAGUCUGCUGAGGCCCGUACUCCCUGAGGACAGGCGCUGUCGUUUCUUUUCUGCUGGUGCUGUUUUAAUAAGUAAAGAAUGGGAUGUGAGGUUGGACAUUUCCUGUGUAUAUUUACUGGCUGUUGGUUUCUGUUUUUGUUUUGUUUUUGGUAAAUUACCUAAUGUAUGUUCUUUGCCAGUUUUA